UUUCGGGACUCUUUUUUUUCCUUCCUAUCUCAGCUCCAGCAGGACGUGCCCAAGCCCAGCCCCGCAGCCCGCCACUGCUCCGGCCUGGCCCGGCGGGUGCUGACCAUCGCCUUCGCGCUGCUCAUCCUGGGCCUCAUGACCUGGGCCUACGCCGCCGGGGUGCCCCUGGCCUCCGAUCGCUACGGCCUCCUCGCCUUCGGCCUCUAUGGGGCCUUCCUCUCGGCGCACCUGGUGGCGCAGAGCCUCUUCGCGUACCUGGAGCACCGGCGGGUGGCGGCGGCGGCGCGGCGGGCGGCGGCGCGAGGCCCCCCGGACGCGGCCACGGCGCGCAGAGUGGCACUGACCAUCUCCGCGUACCAGGAGGACCCCGCGUACCUGCGCCAGUGCCUGGUGUCCGCCCGCGCCCUGCUGUACCCGCGCGCGCGGCUGCGCGUCGUCAUGGUGGUGGACGGCAACCGCGCCGAGGACCUCUACAUGGUGGACAUGUUCCGCGAGGUCUUCGCCGACGAGGACCCCGCCACCUACGUGUGGGACGGCAACUACCACCAGCCCUGGGAACCCGCGGCGGCGGGCGCGGCGGGCGCCUACCGGGAGGUGGAGGCAGAGGACCCCGGGCGGCUGGCGGUGGAGGCGCUGGUGCGGACGCGCCGGUGCGUGUGCGUGGCGCAGCGCUGGGGCGGCAAGCGCGAGGUCAUGUACACCGCCUUCAAGGCGCUCGGCGACUCGGUGGACUACGUGCAGGUCUGUGACUCAGACACACGGCUGGACCCUUUGGCGCUGCUGGAGCUGGUGCGGGUACUGGACGAGGACCCCCGGGUAGGGGCUGUGGGGGGCGACGUGCGGAUCCUUAACCCUCUGGACUCUUGGGUCAGCUUCCUCAGCAGCCUGCGGUACUGGGUGGCCUUCAAUGUGGAGCGGGCUUGUCAGAGCUACUUCCACUGCGUGUCCUGCAUCAGUGGUCCCCUAGGUCUGUACAGGAACAACCUCCUGCAGCAAUUCCUUGAGGCCUGGUACAAUCAGAAGUUCCUGGGCACCCACUGUACCUUUGGGGAUGACCGCCACCUCACCAACCGCAUGCUCAGCAUGGGCUACGCCACCAAGUACACCUCGCGGUCCCGCUGCUACUCGGAGACGCCCUCGUCCUUCCUGCGCUGGCUGAGCCAGCAGACGCGCUGGUCCAAGUCGUACUUCCGCGAGUGGCUGUACAACGCGCUGUGGUGGCACCGGCACCACGCGUGGAUGACCUACGAGGCGGUGGUCUCAGGCCUCUUCCCCUUCUUCGUGGCGGCCACCGUGCUGCGGCUCUUCUACGCGGGCCGCCCGUGGGCGCUGCUCUGGGUGCUGCUGUGCGUGCAGGGCGUGGCGCUGGCCAAGGCGGCCUUCGCGGCCUGGCUGCGGGGCUGCCUGCGGAUGCUGCUGCUCUCGCUCUACGCGCCCCUCUACAUGGGCGGCCUCCUGCCGGCCAAGUUCCUGGCACUCGCCACCAUGAACCAGAGCGGCUGGGGCACGUCGGGCCGCCGCCAGCUGGCCGCCAACUACGUCCCGGUGCUGCCGCUGGCCCUCUGGGCGCUGCUGCUGCUCGGGGGGCUGGUCCGCAGCGUGGUCCACGAGGCCCGGGCCGACUGGAGCGGCCCCUCCCGGGCUGCAGAGGCCCGUCACCUGGCCGUGGGGGCCGGCGCCUACCUGGGCUACUGGGCGAUCAUGCUGACCCUGUACUGGGUGGGCGUGCGGAGGCUCUGCCGGCGGCGGGCGGGGGGCUACCGCGUCCAAGUGUGAGUCCGGGCGUGCGGACUGCCCGCUCAGGGGGCUCUGGGAGCCACCAGAGGAGACCUACCGGGGGAGGGGGGUCCCCGGAGCCACGAACUUGCUGGAUGAUUGCUCUGGGCCUUGGUUACCCUCCUCUGUGAAGCGAGGGAGGGGGUCGACUCAAGACUCUUCAGCCAGGACUCUUUGGAGGGGGGCAU